UCUAGAGAAGAAGCAAGUGCUUAAGUAAUAAAAACGCAUAUGUGUCCCGUUUUAUUAUUGAUUAUAGUAACAUGAAACAGGCAGAGAGAUCUUCACAGGCUAUGAAGCUGAUGUCCCUCUGAUAACGGUUCAUCAAUAAAGGUCGGGAGUAUCCUGUGAAAGAGACAGAAAAUCUGUGAGUAAACGCUUUGUGUGUGAGAGAGACUACUGAAGAUGGAGUUUUUUGAAGUGGAGAUCGACAUGAGUGAGCUAGAACAAUCCACAGUGAGUGAUGAAGAAGAUAUCGAUGAACAAACAGAUCAAGAAUUAGAGGAUAAAGAGGACGAAGAGGAAGAAGACGAAGAGGAAGAUGAUGAAGAAGACGAAGAGGAAGAUGAUGAAGAACAGGACGAGGAAUAUUGUAAACCAAAGAAAACUCUAAGAACAUCCGAAACGCUGCACACCUGCUCACAGUGUGGAAAGAAUUAUAAACAUAUGUCCUCUCUCAAAAAUCAUCUGCUCAGUCACUCCGGAGAGAAGCCUUUCCACUGUGAUCAGUGUGAGAAGAAAUACAGCACCAUUUCAGGCCUGAAAAUACACCAGGUGGUUCACUUCAGCGAGAGGCCUUACUCCUGCUCGGUCUGCGGACGGAGCUUCUCCCGCUUGGACAGCUGCAAGCAACAUCAGAAAACGCACGAUAAAGUGCGAGAUCACGUGUGCACCGAGUGCGGGAAGAGCUUUACCACGUUCAGCCAGCUCAAACAGCAUCGGAUCAUUCAUUCCGGGCUAAAACCGUUCAAGUGCUCAUACUGUGACCGGAGUUUCACUCAGGCCGGAAACAGGAAGUCUCACGAGCGGAUUCACACCGGAGAAAAGCCGCAUCAGUGUACUGAGUGCGGAAGGAGUUAUAAAGAUCUGACGGGUCUCAAAAAUCACAUGCGCGUUCACUCCGGGGAAAAGCAGUAUGUGUGUGAACACUGCGGUAAAGGGUUUAAUUCGGUGUCGAAUAUGCGGUACCACCUGAGAGUCCAUACCAAUGAGAAACCACAUGUGUGCUCCGUUUGUGGCAAGGGUUUUUCGCUGCUGGUCAGUUGUACGUUGCAUGAAAAGAUACACACAGGUGAGAAGGAUAAAGUGUGCGGUGAUUGCGGGAAAAGCUUCAUCACCAUUGGUCAGUUGAGACGACACAGAGUCAUUCAUUCUGGAGAGAGACCGUACCAGUGCUCGUAUUGCGAGAAGAGUUUUUCAGUGUCGGCGCAUUUGAAAAUACACAUGCGACUUCACACUGGAGAGAUGCCGUACCGCUGUGCUGAAUGCGGAGAGAGUUUUCGACAUUCAAACUCUUUAGCCAUUCAUAGGAAAAAACACGUUCAGCCUGAGCAAAGUCCAACCGUUCAUGUAGUUAGCUAACUUUCGGGAGCAAAUAUAAAUAGUGGUGUAUUAGGGGUGUAACAAUACAUUGUGUUAUUGAGGAAUUCGGAAAUAAGAUUGUGAAUGAUAGUGAUGGGAUGUUUGGAUAAGGGCUGCACAAUAUAUUACGAAAUCAUCAAGCUGAACGGAUCAAAUCUCUGUCCGGCUCUUUGUUGUCACCUCUGUGCGUUGAGGAUUGAGACUAAUUUAGAGUCUAUUCAAAUCCAAUCCAAUUCUCAACUAAAGUCUAUUCACCUUAUUCUCCGCGUACGAGUGGGCGCAGCCAUUUGAAUCAUUUUGGCUAGAGACUUCCGGUCUCAUUCACUUCCAUUCAUUUUUAAACGUUAAAAACAGCUCGUUUUGCUGCUUGAUGUUGUAAACUGAUAUUUUCUUAUUAUUUUAUUCUACUUUGUCUGUAUUGUAAUGCAAACACUUGUUUGUAGAGUAAGUAAUUUAACCGUUUUCUGCCAUUUAUUAUUCCUAGUCAUUUCUCCCAUAGGCAGCUGAAUCGGAAGUUCUAAAACAAUCGCAAAAAUGUGCGCACUUCCGCAUUGAAGAAUAAGGUCAAUACUAAAAUUAGCAUUUUACCCAACAGUGGUCUACUUAUUAUAAACUUAUUAUUGUUUUUACUAGGGCUGCACAAUAGAUCAUCUUUUCAAAUGAGAUCUCGUGAGACUAAAUCGCGACAAGCGUUUUUUUUUUUCUUCAUUUUGCGACAAGAUAAGCAAUACACAUCAGCUGUUUGACACUUCUCUGAACCCAUCGCUAGGGCCGGACGGAAUCUGCGGACGUUUUUUGUAAUUUCUGCGGAGAAUUUUGGUAAAAAUCAGUGGAUU